AUGACAUACGUCUAUGAUCAUUUAAAGAGUGUAAGAUCAAAAACAAUAUUUUGUGUAACAUUUUUAGGAGGAGCUUUGGGAUCAAAACCAACAGCCCUCUUUUCCCACGAACAAUACACCACUGAAUUCAAGGGAUGGGUUGGUCAGUUUGAGAAAAACUAUGAAUCCCAUGAAUUCCUCAAUCGUUUUGACAUUUUCAAAAAGAACAUGGAUUACAUCAAGACAUGGAAUGACAAGUCGGUCGAUCACAAGCUCGAGUUGAACACCUUGGCCGAUUUGACCGACAAGGAAUACCAACGUUUAUACCUCGGAACCAAGGUCAAUGGUGCUCUCCGUGUUGGUCUCAAUCAUGCCGACGAAAGAGAUUUUGGUCACAUCAAGUCUGUCUUUAGCAACGUCAAGGAUAAUCCCAACGUCGAUUGGAGAAAACAAGGUGCUGUCUCUCACGUUAAAAAUCAAGGUCAAUGUGGUUCUUGUUGGUCAUUCUCUUCAACUGGAGCAAUUGAAGGAGCUCAUGCAAUCAAGACUGGUGAAAUGAUUUCAUUAUCUGAACAACAACUUGUUGAUUGUUCAAAGCGUUACGGUAAUAACGGAUGUAAUGGAGGGUUAAUGACAUUGGCCUUUGACUAUGUUAUUGAUGCUGGAGGUCUUGAAUCUGAAGAAGCCUACCCAUACACCACCACUGAUACAUCUGCUUGUAUGUUUAACUCUACCAAUGCUGUCACCUCUAUUAGCGACCACCAAAACAUCCGUGCUGGAAAUGAAAAACACUUGGAAACUGUUCUUCGUAAUGUUGGUCCAGUCUCUGUUGCCAUCGAUGCCUCACCAAGAUCAUUCAGAUUCUACAAGUCUGGUAUCUUUUACGCACCUGAAUGCUCUUCCUCUCAAUUGGAUCAUGGUGUCUUGGCUGUUGGUUUUGGAAAGGGUAACCCAGAAUCAAACUUUGAAAACAAGGUCUCCUUUAUCCACGAUGAUACCAAGAACAAUGAAUACUACAUUGUAAAGAACUCGUGGGGGUCAGACUGGGGUUCGAAUGGAUUCAUUUACAUGUCAAAGAAUAGAAAGAAUAACUGUGGUAUUGCUACAAUGGCUACUUAUCCAACAAUCUAA